CAGAUGGCAAAGAGGUCUUUAAGCUUAAAGGAAAGCACAAUCAUUUCAAAAAGCAAAUCAUUUGUCACUUUCUUCUUCUUCCUCCUCACCUAUCCAUCUAUCUCUCUAUCAUCCCCAACCAAACCAAAAAACACUUUCCUCUUUCUCUCAUUUCGAAACUCCCCACUCCGACGUCGUUUUAGUUCAGUGACCAACGAAUACAGAGGAGAUGCAAGAUCCACGCAAUCAUGUUCCAUCUUCUCCCACCAUCUCCUCCGUCUCCUCCUCCGAUCUUGAUACUGAGUCUACAGGAUCCUUCUUCCACGACAGAAGCAUCACACUUGGAACGCUUAUGGGAUUUAGUUUCACCGCAACCAUGCCGAUGCCAUUCAGAGCUUCUUCGCAACGCCACGUGUCACCCUCCGUAGCAAUCUCACGAGCUUCCAGCUCCAAUGCAAGACGCCACCUGAGGAAGCGUCCUCCUUCUAGUUCCGCUGAGCCUGAGCGGCAUCGCCGCCGUAAAUGGUGGCGUUUUUGCAGAGACGACGAUGACGAUGCCGGAAUCCACCGUGGCACCGGAGAUUCAAAGCGGUCAUCGCUCGGUGAGUAUUUAGAGGUGGAACGGAGGUUCGGAAAUGAAGCCGUUUAUAACUCAGCCGAGGCGGAGGAGCUAGAGGGUGCGGUGGCGCGGUACCAAGAGCAGCAGCCGGUUAUGGGGGAGCGGGCAUUGUUCGCCGACGGGAGGGUUCUUCCUCCGGCUUCAGCUGAGCUGGUUAACGGAGAAAGUACGCCGGUGGCCACGGCCCUUUGUAGAUUCCCGGUUUCAUUAACCGGUAUAUGCAGCUGUGGCGGAGGAUAAAACACGGCGGCUUAAUCUGUGUGUGUACGUUUGUUUUUAUUUUUCUUUUGUAUGUAGACUUUGUUUAAUAGUUGUAAUUCAGUUUCUAGAAUCGGAAUCAUGGGUUUUGUAGAAAUGUGGGAUGUAGUCAAGAGUAAUUAUUUGGGAAAUAAUGAUUUGAUAAGGAGAAAUAAUUAGA